AUGGCCCCCCGACGGCCGAGCACGGCUGGCGACAUUGACUCACGCAUGCCAUUCGCAUCGGCUGAGAUGUUGCUGUGGGGCCCAGAGAUGAAACAGCAACAUGCUCACCUGCUCACGGAGAUGCGCAAACUCCAGAGACAUCACGAAGCUUACGAUAUCCGGAUCAAAACUACUGAACAUGUUGCGGGGGCCGCAGAGGCUGCUACAUCCAGAAUCCGUCAUCUAGAGCAGCAACUUGCGGCAAUCGAAGCCGAAGAUGACGACAAAGCAUUCGAAAAGUGGGCAAUGGGCGAGAUGACACGGCUGGGUAAUUUCAUUGACACAAACAAGCACGUCAGGCAGAAGCAGAUCGAGCUGGACAAUGUUAUGUCCCAUGCCGUGGAGGAUCUAGAUAGGCUUAGACAAGUCCCUAGGGAUCUUCAAAACGUUCUUCUGCGUCUUGACGUUCUCGAGGCUGGUCGAACUGAAGACGUCCGUCGGAUCAGGAGCUUGGAAAAAGAACUCACUCAUCUCAAAGCUAUCCAACAGGACCACACUACCAAGACCGCUGGUUCCCAGACAGUUUUCAGGAUCCAGCAAGCCAUCAUGAGAACUAUGACACCACCUCCGUUACUGAACGACGGGCAUUCAGACGCGACUACUGAAGCUGAGGAUGAAGAGUUGGCCCCUAUGCAGAAACCUACACAUGAAGGAAACCAGGUACGACAAUACCCAGAGAUGAGAGAAAGGAAUCCAAGCACUACCUUCGCUCCGUCAGUAACCUCAGACAGCCCAACAAAGUCAGCCCGGCAGAGACUGAUGCAGAGGCCAUCGAUUCACGACUCCAUGUUACUGCGCAAUUCGGAAGAACAAGAACAACUCCGAACACCUUAUGCAUUGCCUGAUAAACCAGGAUAUGACAUUCUCCCUUCAACACAGCUCCUGCCACACAUCCAACAGGCUCGAAGUCCGGCUCCGAUCCCAACGCGCGAGGCUCCCUCGCAUGCCAGAGUCUCUCCGCCUCCAACACAACUACUCCGCAACAACCGCACAUCUCCAGUCCUAGCCUCAGUCCCAGCCUCAGUUCUAGCCUCAACAUGUAAGGCCCGCCCACGUGCCAGAGUUGCUCCGCCAUCAACACAGUUGGUCAGUAAAGCUGGUUCGAGAAAGCGGAAACUACCUGAGAGAGAGCCCCAAAAUCAACGCGUGACACGUGCCCAAGCUAAGAAAAUUCAAGCACAGGAGGCUGAUGAGCAAAAGCCGCUAGGGGCAGCUAGUUCUAUCCCUUUUCCAUCUGUGCAACCAGCUGAGCCCGCUUUAUCAUCGCGCAAGAAGCGAAAAACUGCCCAUGCGCAAGAACCAGAUCAGAUCAAAGCCGAACCCAGCACUACAACCUGGGCCGCCCAUAGGACACCGGCAAUCUCAAAGCGAAGCGCUGCCGCAGAUCGAGGCAAGAACACAGCUACGGAACCUACCCAGCGGGUCACAAGAAGCCCGGCAAAAUCGAACGUACCAAAGGUUAUUACAUCGCCUGUAAAGAAAAAGGAUCCUUUCCCAGUUCGAUCAAAUGCUGCAAAUCCACAGAAACAGAGGUCGUUGAUUGUCGUUCUUCGGAGCCCGCAGAAAGCAGCAAGAACUAGACGUAGUGAGAGUGAUGAUACGGAAAGCACCCCUGCAGACAGAGUUAAGAUGUCACCUCGCAAAGCGGCAAUUAUGCCACUGUCACGUUCCAAGGCUAGGAAGAGGUCUAAUGGAACAAGGGCGAAACCGGAGAUAUCUGGAAUCGGCGCUUUCUAA